GAUAUCAACGAGUGUGCUAUCGGCGCUCAUGCCUGUGGCCCUCAUGCCAAGUGUAAAAAUACUGUUGGAUCUUACACUUGUACCUGCAAAAAGGGAUUCACAGGAAAUGGAAAAACAUGCACAGGUAAGAUUUUCUUAACUCACUGAUUUCUUCUUUCAAAUUCAAAACGAAUGGUCUUAAUGUUCAGAUAUUCUUUUGUGUGCACAAACAUACCGAGAUGACGUUAAAUAUUAUUCUCUUAUCUGCUUAAAAUGAUUCCAGAAAUAAACAGUGAUACAUGACAUGAACAGGUGAAAACUGUUGUAACAGCAUAUGUAACUGCUUUAGGACACAAAAACAAACGACAUGUCAAAGAAAUAAUCUCAUGAUACUUUGUCCUUAGAUAUCAACGAAUGUUCUACCGGCGCUGAUGCCUGUGACGUUAAUGCCAAGUGCAAAAAUACUGUUGGAUCUUACACUUGUUCCUGUAAAAACGGUUUUACAGGAAAUGGAAAAACAUGCACCGGUAAGAUUGACUUGACUAAUUGCCUAGUUCUUCCGUAUGCAAAGAAAAACAAUCGUCUUUUCCUGAUCUUCCGAUCAAAUGACGCAACAUAAACUAAUCUUGCUCUAUGGUGUUGCCAAAACUGUAACAUAGUUUAAACUGUUUAACCCCGUAGUGAAGUGGCUUUAAGAUACUUACAGUAAAAAAGAAAGUUACGAUCUGUUUAAAAGUGAAAUAAUACCGUGAUUCUCUUUUCUUAGAUAUAAACGAAUGUUCUACCGGCGCUGAUGCUUGUGACGUUAAUGCCAAGUGUAAAAAUACUGUUGGAUCUUACACUUGUACCUGCAAAAUCGGUUUUACAGGAAAUGGAGAAACAUGCACCGGUAAGAUUUACUUGACUUACAUGACAAGCGUUUCCGAAAGAAAAAGAAAGGUGUUCAUUUCAGAUUUUCCUAUAAAUAACGAAACAUAAACUAAUAGCGCUUAGUGGUAUUACUAUUACAUAGUUUUUAACUUUGUAACCGUGUAGUUGUUUAGUAGCUUCAAAAUGCUUGAAAGUAUUUCUAAGAAAAAAUGAUCUGUUUAAAACGCAAAUCUGAAUCUUGUGAUAUUCUGUGCUUAGACAUCAACGAGUGUUCUACUGGUGCUGAUGCCUGUGACGUUAAUGCCAAGUGCAAAAAUACUGUUGGAUCUUACACUUGUACCUGCAAAAAGGGUUUUACAGGAAAUGGAAAGACUUGCACUGGUAAGAUUUUAACUGACAUAACCACAGGCUCUUCCAAACGGAAAAGUGAUUGUUAAGUGGUAUCACUGUGAACUGUUUAACCUUAUAGCAAAAUAACUUUCGGAGUCCUGAAAGUUCAUCACUAAGGAAAUAGCGAUCUAUUUAAAACUGAAAUAAUCUCGUGAUAUUUUGUUCUUAGACAUCAACGAAUGUUCUACCGGCUCUGAUGCCUGUGAUGUAAAUGCCAAAUGCAAAAAUAAUGUUGGAUCUUACACUUGUACCUGCAAAAACGGUUUCACAGGAAAUGGAGAAACAUGCACUGGUAAGAUUUACUUAUCAGACUGGUUUAUUCCUUCCUUUUCAGAUGUUCUUUUGUUUUCAAGAACAUCCAUCACAUUUAUAGAUGUUAUUCUCAAAUAAUCAAAGCAGGUUGAUACAUUACAUUAACAGGCUUAAAAUAUUAUCACACCAUAUUUAACUGCUUUAGAAAGCUUUAAAAGUAAACGACCUAAUAAACUGAAAAAAUCUCGUGAUACUCUGUUUUAGAUAUCAACGAAUGUUCUACCGGUGCUGAUGAUUGUGACGUUAAUGCCAAGUGUGAAAAUACUGUUGGAUCUUACACUUGUACCUGCAAAAUCGGUUUUACAGGAAAUGGAAAAACAUGCACUGGUAAGAUUUUUACUUUGGCUUAAUGACCAGCUCUUCCAAAAAGAAAAAAAAAUCAAUUGUUUUCGUUUCCAGUUCAGUUACUUUCAAAUAAGACAAAUUAAGCGAUAGCGCGUAUCGCUUAGUAAUAAUAUUGUUGCAUAGUUUAAACUGUUUAACCCCAUAGUAAAGUGCGUUAGGAGACCCGAAAGAAAAUUUGUAAGAAAUAACGAUCUAUUUAAAAGUGAUUUAAUCCCGUGAUACUCUGACCUUAGAUAUCAACGAAUGUUCUACCGGCGCUGAUACCUGUGACGUUAAUGCCAAGUGUAAAAAUACUGUUGGAUCUUACACUUGUAUCUGCAAAAAGGGUUUUACAGGAAAUGGAAAAACCUGCACUGGUAAGAUUUUACUUGGCUUGAUUUUACUGACGUGCUCUUCCCUAAAGAAAAAUGAUCGUCUUCUUUUCCAGAUCAGUUUAUUGCAAAUAACGCAACACAAGCGAGAUCUGUCGCUUAGUAGUAUUACUUCUGCGUAGUUUCAAAUGUUUAACCCUGGGGUAAGGUGACUUUAGGAUACCUGAAAGUAUAUUGCUAAGAAAAAAAAACGAUCUAUUUAAAACUGAAAUAAUCUUGUGAUUCACUGUUCUUAGAUACCAACGAAUGUUCUACCGGCGCUGAUGCUUGUGACGUUAAUGCCAAGUGUAAAAAUACUGUUGGAUCUUACACUUGUAAUUGCAAAAAGGGUUUUACAGGAAAUGGAAAAACAUGCACUGGUAAGAUUUUAUUAUCUUACUGAAUUGUCCUUCUUAAAGAAAAAGCUCUUCUCCACUUUCAGAUUUUUCUUUCAAACGACACAAUAUUACGGAUGAUUCCGCUUAACAGAAUAGCUUUUACAUACUUUAUAACUACCCUGUAGUGAAAUGCCUUCAACAAACAUGAAAGGAUUUCAAAGAAUUUUACGAUUUAUCCAAAACUAAUCUUGUGAUAUUCUGUUCCUAGACAUCAACGAGUGUGCUACCGGUGCUGAUGCCUGUGACAUUAAUGCCAAGUGCAAAAAUACUGUUGGAUCUUACACUUGUACCUGCAAAAAGGGUUUUACAGGAAAUGGAAAGACAUGCACUGGUAAGAUUUCUUUCUUUCUGGCUGGUAGUCUUGAUAAUUAUUCAGACCUUCCUUUUUUUCCAACAACAUAA